AUGAACAACUCCGCGAUCUGGCGUCGGUACCCGAAGGACUCUUUGGCCAAGAGCACCAUCGUCCUGUACGAAUCGGACCACGACGUUCUCGGUGAUGCAGACCGAGACCUCAGCCCGGAGCUCGUCGACUUCGCAACCGUGGUGCUUCAGGACGACGAACUCAUCGCGCUCAUCCCGUUCAUCCCCAUCAACGAGGCGGGGGCCAUGCGCAGGUAUACGCGCCGUGAGCUCUUUGGCAACCGCAUUUGGAUCGUCAACUCCAACACGCGUACGUUUGGAUCGUCAUGA